UCUUCAGCAAGCAUAUCUUCUAUAGACUCUUACAUCAGGGUGAAUAAUAACCGUAACCUAAAGAAAUCUGCAGCGGAGUCGUCUCAUAAUGAAGUCAAUAAAAUGAUCCAUUUGGGAGAAGCUUUGGGUCUUGGUAAUUCAGCUCUCUUGGAAAAAUUUUAUGGGCUUAUCAUAAGACAGCUAGAAAAUGAGAGGGAAGAUUGGCAGAAACAAUAAUGAAUAGUAAGUUUUCAUCCCUGUCCUUGCAGAUAGAUCUUUUAAUUCUAUCAUGAAUAUUCUUUCUUGGAAUUCCUGUGGCUUGGGCAUGAUGAGGAAACGAAGAAGAAUCAUGAAAUUAAUAUCAGAAUAUAAGAUUGAUAUAUGUUUCUUGCUGGAAACUAAGCUAGCUAAUUGUUCAAUUGGCUUUGUAUCUCGUAUUUGGAAUCAAAAUCAUGUUAGUUGGUUUAGUAAUGAUGCUCAGGGAUCAAAAGGAGGUCUGCUUGCUAUGUGCAAAAACACUAACUUUGAAGUCUUUAAUAUUGAAUAUGGUCAUGGUUGGAUCGGUUUAUAUGGUAAACAUGUUCAUAGUGAUUUUCAUUACUUUGUUAUUGGCAUCUAUGCUCCUUGUAACUAUCUGGACAGACAAAAACUUUGGGAUGAUCUCAUUCUUCUUAAGCACGCUUUUGAAGUUCCCUGGAUAAUAACAGGAGAUUUUAAUGAAACACUCUCUCAGAAAGACAAAAACAGUGGAAUCUGUCAUCCUGCAGGUUCAAAUUCUUUUAGCAGAUUUCUGCAGUCUUGUGAGCUCACUGAAUACCCUUUAGCAGAAGGUCACUUUACUUGGUUCAGAGGAGGGUCCAAGAGCAAACUGGACCGACCAUGGAUGGCGUCCUUUUCGUUUCUUGGACUGUUGGACUGAGUACCCAAAUUUUAAGCAUAUUAUUGAAAACUUCUGGAAUGAUGCAUGCUCCCUUCACCCUGGCCGCUUUAAAUUUCUCAAAAAGCUCAAUCAUAUUGCAGUCAGAUUAAGGCAAUGGAAUAAGCUUGAAUUUGGAAAUCAAGAAGCUACCCUUCAACGAACCCUUUCAGCUAUCAACAUGCUAGAGGAAAAAUGUGAAGCAGAAGGUAUAACCGACCAAGAGUAGGAGCAUUUAGACUUUUUGUUGAAAGACCGCUGGGUUCACAACAAUCACAUUGAAUCUAUUUGGAGGCAGAAAUCAAGACAGAUGUGGUGCAAAUUGGGUGAUAGAAAUAACAAGUUCUUUCAUUUGAUUGCCAAUUUCAGGAAGGCUAAAUCAUCUAUCCUUAAAAUCCACCAUAAUGGCAACACUUUUGAUUCUCAGCAGGGUAUUAAGCAGGCUGCUGUGGAUUAUUUCUCUGAGCUGUAUGACUCCCCCUCUGGAAAAAAGCCGCAGUUAAAUCCCUUGGGUUUCAAAUGCCUCUCUAAAGAAUCCUCUGAAUGGCUGGAGCAGGAAAUCACAAUGGAAGAAGUGAAACGCAGUGUAUGGGAUUGUGAUGGGUCAAAAUGUCCUGGACCAGAUGGUUUCAACUUCAAAUUCUACAGAUUAGCAUGGGAUUUCAUUGCUCAAGACAUCCUUGAUAUAGUCUUAAGCU